CACACCACGCCCGGGGAGCGCCAAUUGGCUUUGAAAGCAUGAAAGCGCAGCACUCUCAUUUGAUAUAGGUAUAUGUAUUCGGAUCCUCCCAUUACUCGGCCCUAAUGCCCUUCAAAACCCCCCUGUGGUCAAUUGUCCGCAGCUACUCUACCCGGCCAGCCAGGUCGCGGCUGGGGAAGAAGGCCUUGAGUCUGGAUCAUUUCCUCCAGAGAUCCCGCGUGAUAUCCCUCUACCGCGAAAUCAUCCGCGGCACACGGCGCAUCGCCGACCCAAACACCCGCGCGGAGUCAAGACGAUAUGCCCGCGAUGAGUUUGAGCGUCACCGCGAUGUGACGGAUCUCGGACAUAUCCGCUAUCUCAUCUCAACAGGCAAGACGGAGUGGCAGGGCAUGGAACGAUACGUUGACGGAAUGUAGACUUCUUUCUCAUCAUUGUAAAACCAGUAAAAAGAAUCUUUGUAUAAUACACACCACAAAAGGUCUAAUCCUCGCUGCCAUUUGCUUCUACAGCUUGCAAGGUGCCCAGUGAUGGAGGGGGAUCUUUCUAAAACUCCAGUGGGACAAUGGUAUCGAUCCCAUGGUCGUCUCUCAAAACUUGUCUACAGUCGCAACAUCCUCACAUGCUAUCGCUCGCCCAAUG